AGAUGAUACUUGAAAUUGCGACAAAAUCGCUAAAUUGGCAACUGUGUAAUAAAUUCUAGGUAACGUACGUAUCAAAAGGUGGCCAUCAGCUAUGUGGUAUGUGUAUUUAGUGCGCACUUCUCAUGAUCGUAUGGCCCGCGCCAAUCGGCCAAUUGCGAUUAUGGCCAUUAUGGCGCUCGCCAGAUGAGAGGGGCAGUUUUACGCUGAGAACGAGUCGUUUGUGGCGGACAACGUUCAACGAUUUUCGCGAGAUUUUCCUGCAAACUGGUGCUGUAUUUUCUUUCUUAUGCAGUCAUUGAGACUUAAUUCUGCAGCCAGAGACAUGGAAGGUCAACAGUUCUGUUUGCGGUGGCAUAAUUUUCAAAAUACUCUCUUGAGCUCGUUGCCAAAGUUGCUCGAUGGUGGUUACCUGACAGAUGUUACGCUCAGUGCCGGCGGUAGACAUAUUCAUGCUCACAGAAUUAUACUCUCGGCUUGUAGUUAUUACUUUAAAGAACUCUUUAAGGACUUAAGCGCCUUGCAACAUCCGGUCAUUGUGCUGCCAGGCAUGGAAUAUGCAAAUUUGUGUGCUCUGGUCAAGUUUAUGUAUAAUGGAGAAGUGAAUAUUUAUCAAGAACAGUUACCUGCACUUUUAGCUAUGGCUGAUACAUUGCACAUUUGUGGAUUAGCUGACAUGGCUGGGAAAAAUUCGAGACAGGAUAACGACGUGUAUGUGCAGUCGCCAGUAAUGCAACCUCAGGAAAGACUGAACGAAGAGAUAGUAAAGACAGAGAAAGAUAAUGUAAUAACUCCUGGAUCGUCAGAAUCUGUAUCAUUGCCUAAAAUGGAUACUUUAGAGGAUGAGGAGCCUAACAAUGACCAAGAAAGUAUACCGUAUUGCGUGAAGACGAAGCCCUAUUACUCUAUAAACGCGAAGUUAAACCAAAGGGAAAAAAUGUCUAUUCCUGUUAACGUAUCUGCUAAUAAAUAUAUUGAUAGAGGCUAUUCGGAGAACAUAGCGGACGAGACAGCGUCAGUCAUGGAGGAUCAAGUCACUACUCCUAUAGAAGAUGUAAAACCACCGCCAGCCGUGUGGGAUGCAAGUUUCAAGUUGCUUGCGGCAUCCACACCUAGUAGAACUUCUCAGAGUUACAACAAAUCCAGUGUUACUUGUCUUAUUUGUGGUAAACAAUUAAGUAAUCAAUACAACUUGCGAGUACAUAUGGAGACGCACAGUAAUAGCUCGUACAGUUGCACAUCCUGUUCACAUGUGUCGCGAUCACGAGACGCUCUCAGGAAACAUGUGUCCUAUAGACACCCAGUAGCUUCUCCUCAAAAACGUCCACGAUAUAGUACUUCAAAACCAUCAAUAAUGUGAUGAUAAAGUCACUAUUGUGUUAUUCUAUAUAGACAUUUGAACCCUCGCUAGGAUACCUUUCCUUCAAAAUAUAUUUCUGUUAAAAAUUAAUUUUUUCGUUAAAUUACAAAAAAAAGAAAGGGAAAAAAUUGAAAUAAAAUUAUUUUAUUAAUUAAAAAAAAUUAAGCAUUGUUUUAGAUAUGUUGGGUUAGAGAAUAAUUUAGAAUGAUUAUCUAUGCCUAUUUAUAAUAGAUGAUAGACUAUGAACAUAAUUGAAUUCGUAAGAGCAGCACUGGACUGAUUAAUGAUAAGACAAGUUGUAAUAACAUCUUCGUUUAAGGUGAGGUUCCACGGCCCAUGGCUCGUCACAGUUCCGAAAUUGAUAUAAAAAAGGGUAAAAUCGCGGUCCCACGGCGCGUCACAGGAACAGUCUAUCUCAUUAUUGCUCGCCAUGGCUCGCGGCUCGUCAGCUCGCCAAACUGUCGGUAAAUUACGCGAGUUAAAGAGCUUUUCAAAGCUUGCACCUUUGAACGAAAUAAUUAACUACUGUGCGUCGUUGCACCCAAUUUCUCUAUGCUUGCAUGUAAAUAUGUGAGAACCUGUUUAUUAUUGCUAGUCGAGACACUAAUUAAGUGACUUUUUGAUCAUUCAAAUCGUAAUAUGGAGUAGGAUGAU